AUGUCUCCGCUUCCAGUCGACGACUUUCUCCGCGCAGGCAUCCCGCCCUCGUUCCAGUGGCCCGUCAAGUUCUGCACAGCGACGACCGUCGCCGCGUUCGUGCUCUCCGUCAUCACAGGGAACGUUUCACAGGUCGACCGUGUGUGGACCUUUCUGCCUACCAUAUAUACUGCCUAUUUUGCCUUGCUGCCCCUCUGGCCGCACAAGGCGCCACUCCCGCUAUGGCCGCAUACACCCGAGGUCAUUCACCCGAGUAUCACACAGACGUACAGUCCGAGGGCACUGUUGAUGUUAGGACUGGUGGUCUUCUGGAUGUUCCGGUUAUCGUAUAACACCUGGCGAAGGGGUUUGUUUAAUCUCCACGACGAAGACUACAGAUGGCAGAUUGUCAGAAACAAAAUCCCUCCAUGGUUAUUCCAGGUAUUCAACCUGGUCUUCAUAGCUUUCAUACAGAACGUCAUUCUCUUUCUGCUGGGUGUUCCGGCUCAUAUUGCUGCAUUUCAGCAGCCUGAGAGAUUGAGCACAUCUGACUAUAUACUCGGCACACUUGCCUUCGUGGAUGUUGUCCUCGAAUUUGUGGCAGACAAUCAGCAAUACUCGUUUCAGACGUAUAAGCAUACUGGUGCACACGAAAAGAAUGAAUGGAUUGGUGCACGGAUUAAGUGGACGCCUCGCGAUGCGCAACGCGGUUUCAUCACACGGGGUCUCUGGGCCUGGUCGCGCCAUCCAAACUUCCUGUGCGAACAGACGUUUUGGGUUAUCAUCACGCUCUUCCCGCUACUCGCUCCCGAGUCGCCCAACUUGUCCCCCCUUUCCUCGACGUCGAUGACGCCCCUCUGGUCACUCAUGCCCGCGCUGGUCCUUUGUUCACUAUUCUUCUCUUCCACACGCUUUACAGAGAGCAUAUCGCUUUCCAAAUAUCCCGAGGCGUACAGCGCCUACCGCCAGCGCGUAGCAAUGUUCGUGCCAUUACUAACUCCGGUAUGGGGUCUGCUGCUACAGCUCAGAGGAAAGAAGGCAGCGGUCGAUGAGAUACUUUUUGGCCAAGACAAAACGGGGAAAAAAGAAGAGUAG